CUAAAGUUGACGUUUGCACAUCAAGUGCGAUUGUUCAACUUUGACCGUUUUAAAAUUAGACAUAUGGUCUGUGUUAUUUCAAUUGCUGGAAUUUGAUUGUUACAGCAACUACAACUUAAGGCGGACAUCGCCACAAGAGGAAUCGCCCCUCGGCGCAUUUGAGCGCUUUUAUCAUGUCUGAAGCCGGGCCUUCAUCCACCGGUCGCCGGAUCUCGACUGGCGAAUUUACCGAUGAUGAUAACUUAGAUAUCCCGCUGAGAGAUAUUCGCGAGGCCGAAUUUGAGCGCCUCGAGGCCGGGCCAGUGACCAAGGAAGCCGUCGAAGAGGAGAAGAAACAGAGCAGCCGAUGGCCUCUAUGGCCGUUAAAUAAACGGCGGCGCUCCUCAGCUGGGUAUGCGAAAGUGAACGAUGACGACGACGAUGCUGCUACCCCUUUGGCAGCCAAGGGCCUGAAAUCGAAGCCGACGAAGAAAGCGAGCGGCGGGGUAUGCGGGGGGAAGCUAGUAUGGGGAAUUUUCACUUUUCUCAUCAUCUCUAAUCUGUGCUUCCUCCUUGCCGCGUCUUUCACAGGUCAGAUGCCUAACCCACUCUCACGCUGGGGUGCUCCCGGCACCUCGAGCGAAGGCCUCUCCUGGUACCCGACCGACUUCCUCCGCGACGUGCAGCCAAUCCCUUGUCACUCGCACAAUGACUACUGGCGCACCGUCCCCCUUUUCUCCGCGCUCCUCGCAGGAUGCAUCAGUGUCGAAGCAGACGUGUGGCUCUUCCCGUCAGCGGAAACCCUCUUCAUAGGACACAACACGGCCUCGUUGACCGACAACCGCACAUUUACAUCUCUCUACGUUGAUCCAUUGGUAAAGAUCCUAGAAGAUAACAACCCGAAGACCGAAUUCAACAGCGGCUCAAUGAACGGCGUCUUCGAUGCUGACUCCAGCCAAUCCCUGACCCUCCUCGUUGACGUCAAAACCGAUGGCACACAAACCUGGGCAGAAGUGCUGCGCGAGCUACAGCCGCUGCGUGAGCGCGGCUGGUUGACAUUUAUGGAAAACUCCACCGUCCACCAACGACCCAUCACAGUAGUCGGGACGGGAAACACUCCCUUCGAUGUCCUCACAUUCAACUCCACCUACCGCGACGCCUUCUUCGACGCCCCCCUCCAAAACAUGUACGAGGAUGCCAAUGGUGUCGCUUCGAAAACCACCGCUAUCACCACCCCCGGCGGCCAAGGCACAACCGGCACAAGCGCCACUGAUUCCUACACGUCUCUAAACUCUUUCUAUGCCUCAACCUCGUUUGAAGAAGUUCUCGGUAAAAUGUGGUUCUUCAAUCUCUCCGAUGAGCAGAAAGAGACGAUUCGCGGGCAGAUCCGCGGCGCGAAGCGUAGGGGGCUGAAGGCGAGGUACUGGGAUCAGCCGACGUGGCCGAUGCAUGUGAGGAAUGAGAUCUGGAAGUUUUUGUGGGAGGAGGGUGUUGCGGUGUUGAAUGUUGAUGAUAUAGAGGGGGUGAAGAAGGUGUGGUAAUGGGAUGGUGUAUCACCUCAUUGAUUUAUGCGCUUCAGUUUCAAGCGUUUAUAUAGAUAGCGGAUGGUAACUAUCGCAUUCGCAAGUAAUUCUAAAUGGUAUCUGCAUGUAUUUAUAUCCCAAUAUACACAAAGUACGCUGUGCUUUCCAUCUCCAGCGCAAGGCUCGUUCAAUCACCAACACCCGUGGAUGCCAGCUCGUCUGUGCCUUCGUCCAUAUGAUAUCCC